UAAGAGCUAGGCUACUGAAAGUUUUGUCUAAACGAACCACUAACUCAGUCCCCAGGAAGGAAACUUGUUGACACCAUUCUAAAAGAAGUGACCAGCUCUUCUGGAAAUAAAGUAACUCAAGAAAAAAUGGAACGCACUUUCCUCACUGUCACUGAUUUGGAGGAGUUCAUUGGGAAUUAUGCCCAAAAUCGCCUUAAUCAAACCGUACCUAAGAUUGACAUCCGUGGUAAACAUGCAGAUAUUUUGGUCAGGAAGAUUUUCCACAAAAAUGAGACUGGAGUACAAUUUGAGGAUGAUAAAGGAGAAAACUAUGUCAGUGUCCCUGUUACAGGCUUGGAUAACGGAUCAGUUGUACUUUGUGUCAUUUACAAAGAUCUCCAUGAGGUAUUCCAAACAGGCCAGACUGACUCUGCUCCUGUAAAUAAAAUCAGUAAUAUCCUGUCUGCAACGAUAUGGCCGAAGAACCACACUCUCAGGAAGAAUGUUACGUUGAGAUUUCGAAACCUAGCGGAUGCACCGAACAGAAGCUGCGUGUUUUGGAAUACUUCAAAAAACAGUUGGUCAGGACAAGGGUGUCUCCUAACAUCGAGGAACGAAUUUUAUACCGAGUGCAGCUGCAAUCAUUUGACUCACUUUGCAGUUCUUAUGCAGUUUGACAGGGGAACCAGCAGUAACUUUUUAAGUAAGACUGACGAAACAGCGCUGGAAAUUCUUACAUAUGUGGGCUUGUCUUUUUCUCUGGUUGGAAUCACUUUAACAAUCAUCAGUUAUGCUGUUCUUACAGACAUGAGGGGACCUUUAUCUCAGAUUCGAGUGAGUCUAGUCGCUUCACUUGGUGCAGGUCAAAUUAUCUUCCUAACUGGAAGUGGUGCUGUUGAGAACAAGUCUGCCUGUGUUACAGUAGCAGCGUUUGUGCAAUAUUUCCUAAUGGCCGCUUUCUGCUGGAUGUUGAUCGAGGGAGUUUAUCUCUACCUGUUUGUUGUAAAAGUUUACAAUAUCAACGACAAAAUGAAGGUUUCACAUGGAUUUUCAUGGGGUCUACCCGCCGUCGUUGUUUCCAUAUCGCUGGGCAUUGCAGCAGGAACCGGGCCAGGGAUUAAAAGCUAUAUCAGUGAAAAUUUCUGCUGGAUGUCAUCCUCUAACGGCAUGAUCUGGAUAUUUGUUGUAUUCGUUCUACUGAUCGAGUUGUUAAACACAUUGAUACUGGUGCGAGUUAUCAAGGAGAUGACAAACAUGCAGCAUGCAAAAGACAAAAUCAGUGAACAAAUAAGACUUGGUGUCAGGGCAUGCGUGUUGAUGAUUCCUUUGCUUGGGAUCACGUGGCUAUUUGGUCUUCUGUCGCCCCUGCACAAAGCGUUUGCCUACAUUUUCAUAAUGUUCAACUCCACUCAGGGCUUCAUAAUAUUCCUCCUUCACUGUGUGAGAAACUCAGAGAUUAGAUCUCGCUUCAAAAGAAGGAUCAACGCUGUCAACCCAACUGCAGAUGAAGUAACAGGCGUUAAGCGAGCUUCGCAAGUAAAUGAAAGUAUCAGCGUGGAUUGCCAAGAAAAAUGAAUGUCCAGCCUCGCAAUAACCAUGAAAGUGGCAUUGAAAUAUAUGAAAUCUGAGUAGUCCUAGUAGUGUUGUUCCUUAGCUCAGAUUUGUGUAUAUCUUGAAUUAAUUUCGAUAAGAAAAUUUUAGAGCAGGUAUAGAUAACCAGCUUAAGAAGGCUCUGACAGCUUUGUAUUGAUACGAAAAGUAAGAAAAGAACAUCUCAAGUAAUCAUGAUUUAAGGUCUUCUCCUUGUGGAAAGAAAAGGGCAUUGGAUACACUAAUGUUAAGAAGGUCUACAUCCAAGACAUCAGUUUACAGAAUAAUGAAACAUCAUAACCCACCAUGAGAGGAAAGAAACAUAACCCACCACCGAGAGGAAAAAAACAUUAUGGAGACCAAUAAUGGUAAUCAAGAUAUCAUUACUGUCAAUAGAGGCAAGAAUUAAUCAAUAACAAACCAAGAAACA